ACAAACAAACAAGAAUGGCCACAUUGAAGACUAUCUCUGCAGCUCUGAAACUGGUUGACGCCAAGAUAGAGAAUCUGAAGAAAGCCUACAAUGAUCUUCAAUCUCACUCUCCUCUCCUCUCCUCUUUCCCUCUCGAUUGGUCUCACCUCGAUUCUCACUUCACCUCCAUCCACAGCACCCUCAAUCAACGCUUCCUCCUCCUUCAAUCCCUCGAAUCCCAACAACAACAACAACCACCAAACCAAAACCCCAACCCUAAUGACCCAUCUCCCUCUACAUCAAAAUUACCCGACCCGAACCCCAAAAACCCGAACUUUCCAUCUCUCCCUAAGGACCCAUCUUCAUCUUCCAACCCAACAACCCAAAACGGAACGGUUGCGUCGCCCUCGGAACAUGCGGUAGAGUUGAGUGCGCUGUGCAAGAAGAUGGAUGGAAAGGCGUUGAGGGAUUAUAUUGCGGAUAGUUUCAGGGACAAUAUUGCCAUUAAAGUUGAGCUUCAAAGUGCCCUCAAGUGUGCCUCGGAUCCUGCUGCCAUGGUUUUUGAUUCCUUGGAUGGGGUUGUUGGUGCAAAUGCAGUGAGCGAUGACAAGGAUCUGCGCAGAUUGAAGAGGAGUUGCAAUUUAUUGCUUCAACAAUUGAGGGUUUUGUCUCCAAAUAUGAGUUUUAAUGUCAGGAAGAAAGCGAAGGCGUUGUUUGCAGAGUGGAAAGGAAGCUUUGUGGGUGAUAAUUCUGAUUCAAUUGGUGCCAUGGCUUUCUUGCAUUUUGUGGCGGCCUAUGGGUUGCUUUCUGAAUUGAGCACGAAUGCGCUUACCACUUUUUCUGCUAUGGCUGCGUGUUAUUAUGAUGAGCUUCCUGAGCUGUACCAGAUUCUUGGUUUGACAGAUAAAGUUCCAGAACUUGUUCAGAAACUUAUUGAUAGGGGCAAACAUGUUAUGGCUGUCAAGUAUAUUUUUCAAUUUAAUCUUGCUGACAAGAUCCCACCAGUUCCCAUUUUGAAAGCUCAAGUGAAUGAGUCUGAGAAACUUGCUAGAAGACUUUCCGAGGAAGGAAAGUCACGGAGUGAGAUCACAGCCAGAGAGAUCCAUGCUCUGAGAUCUGUAAUUAGGAUUAUUGAGAAUCAUAAUCUUGAAUCUGAAUUUCCACGUGCAAGCAUUGAACAGCGUAUAGAGCAAUUGAAGAAGGAUAAAGGAAAUAAAAAACACCAUGUACCAGCUUUUGGUGGAAAGCCUCCUCAGCAAGAAAGUGGGAUCAAGCGUCCUCGAAUAUCUGCUCCAGCUGGUCCUGCAGCUGUUCUGAACAAUUCAGCCAUACACCGGUACCAACAAUCUCAUUUCCAGUCAGCAGGUUUGUUGCCAGAACAUUCAAAUCCAUACAUGAGAUUGCCAGCCACGCCAUUUGGCAUGAUGUCCACAACCCCAACCCCAGCCAUCCCGCCUUAUGCAGGUCCUUCAACUGGGCCUUAUGGUCUUGAUGGUGUCCCAAUGGAUCCGAGUGGUCCUUCAACUAGGCCUUACGGUCUUGAUGGUGUCCAUAUGGAUCCCAGUGGUCAUUCAACUAGGCCUUAUGGUCUUGAUGGUGUCCCAAUGGAUCCCAGUGGUCAUUCGACUAGGGCUUAUGGUCUUGAUAGUGUCCCAAUGGAUCCCAGUGGUCAUUCAACUAGGCCUCAUGGUCUUAAUAGUGUCCCAAUGGAUCCCAGUGGUCAUUCAACUAGGUCUCAUGGUCUUGAUAGUGUCCCAAUGGAUCCCAGUGGUCAUUCAACUAGGCCUUAUGGUCUUAAUAGUGUCCCAAUGGAUCCCAGUGGUCAUUCAACUAGGCCUUAUGGUCUUCAUAGUGCCCCAAUGGAUCCCAGUGGUCAUUCAGCUAGGCCUUAUGGUCUUCAUAGUGCCCCAAUGGAUCCCAAUGGUCCUUCAGCUCGGCCUUAUGGUCUUGAUGGUGUCCCAAUGGAUACCAGUGGUCCUUCAACUGGGACUUAUGGUCUUGAUGGUGUCCCAAUGGAUCCCAGUGGCAACCCUGGUCAAGGCAGUUCUUAUCCAAAUUCAUCAGAGCCACAUGUGCAGACUGGUUACUAUGAUAGAGUCUCUGAUUAUGGUGGUUAUGGUCUGCAAUAUUACUACCCAACAUCUUAUCCUCAGUAGAUCAACAAAUUGCAUUCUCUUUUCAAUAUUGUGCUCCUGGGUUGGUAUUAUAUUUUCUUUGUAGCUUUGUACUUCUGGCUUUUGGUUAUUAAAAGCACAAGUUGCUUUGUUGAUCGGCAUGAUUAUAGGACAAGAACUAGAUUCAGUAAUUAAGAAUUGUGAGGGAAUAUUUAUUUUCACAAAUUUACUUACUUAAAUCAUUUUGCAUCCACUUGAUUCCUUUUAGAUUAAUCAUGGUAUUCUUUAAACUUCUCUUUCUUGCUCUUCCCCACUGCCUAGCUUUUAUUGUUUUUGCUAAGCAAUGAAAUUUUUUGAGUGUUUCGAAAGUAAAGCCCUCAUGAAUAUAAACUUCCCAUAUUUGUAUUAGUUGUAUUUUUGCUUGUGAGUUACUUAUUAUACUAGUCUAAUGUUGAUUCAGGACUGCAUAAUUUUUUUAUUCUCUCACACCCUAGUUAAUAAGUAAAAGCAAGAUAUAUAUUUAAGGCAGUUAUCGGUUAACCUUUUAAAAAUUUAUCAAUGGGAUGGAAAGUGUUCAGUAUUAUGCCAUACUUGGACACCUCUCUGGAUUUUAACUUUGGUUUGGUUGCCUCUCGCUGUAAACAGAAACUUGCUUUUAUAUUUAAAGAAAAUCUCGUCCAAUGAUGUCAUAGAGUAAUCAUUCCUGAAGCUUUAACGUAAAAGCCUAGGAGAAUUGUGUUGAUUGUUCUCAUCUAUGCACCAUCCACAUGGAUGGCAAAAUACAAGAUGUAUUUUUUUUGGGUUAAUUUCCUGUAUAAAAUUUCUUUCUUCUCACGUCUUUUCUUUUUCAUCUCCUCACCAUUAGUCAUAUUUCGUGGAUGUCCUUUCAAGUUACAAAUAGGAAUGGUAUUCUGCAAUUUCUCAUCUCUGGUUUCUCUGUUUUCCUUCGUGUUUUGUGCCAUUUACAAUUGUCCUGUAUGUAAGACAAAGUUAAUCUGUUGGCUGUAUUUUCUUCUUUUGCACAUGGCCUGUGAAGAAAAGAAUAAAAAAAAUUAAAAUUCACUGUCUUUGGAUUUGAAAUUCAAUCCAAUUUCAUUCUUUUAUGUAUUUUGAACUAAUUCAUAUAUUUUGAUGGUGAAGGGUGCUUAUUAUGGAUUAUGGUUCUCACUGAUCAUCUGUAUGUACAGAUUAUGUCUCAUAGUCUAUUCAACAAUUGAUUUGUUGACAACUUGACAUCUGAUGGAUAAUUUUGUAUUCCUUGCCUGUGAUUAGCAGAACUAGUUCAAUUUGAUUAACUUAUAGCUUAAGUAGAUGUGAAUGAAUUGAUGCUAAAUGUCAUUUCGCUAGUGGUUUUUGGUCGAAUCAUGCAACUUGUCUGGGUUGCCAUCACUCAUCAGUCACAAAUUGUUGAAUUACUUAGCCUUGGGCCAGUCCCCUUGGUCUUGAAUUCAAGGUGUGUGUUACGGUGCAAAUGUAAGGCAAUAAACUCUUGGGCUGUCUGUAAGUUUGUCUAUAGAUGUUGUAUCAUUUAAGCAUGAAGUCGGGAGAAAGUUAGAACAGUGUAUGGUAGAAAAUAAAGAAAUUUGCUAACAGGAGUUGGCUCAGCUUGUAACACUCCGCCAAUGGCAAAUGCAUGGCUUGAGUUGGUGGCUUAUUUGUAAGUUUGGUGGAUGUACUCACUAUUACUAAGCCUGUGGGCCUAUGUUAUGUACACCUAUUUUGAAAGAAAAUAGGAGAUUUGAAUUCAACUGAAGAAAUUCUGGCUCAAGUA